CGUUCGCCUACGCGAUGAAGUUCUUCCUGUUCUCGUGCCCCGCACAUCCGCUCGGCCCGACACGCCGCUGUUGAAUCUGUUACAUGCGCACUGAGUCACUUGAGCUGGGCGGAUGAUGAUGGAGAGGUAAAGUUCACGAUGUGUGUGUCCUGUUUGGAGAUUUGGGAUAAACUGAUCGAGGACAGCAGCUAACCCACGUAUGGCCUGCGAGUCGGCGUUACCUGCCAUCAUGGACGAGCAGGCCCUCAUGGGACUGAACCCCAACGCUGAUGCCUGCUACAGGCAGAGGGCGCUGGCAUAUUUUGAGCAAUUGAAAGAGUCUUUAGAUGGAUGGGAGGUAUGCGCUGAAGCCCUGGCUAAAGGAGUUUACAGUGACGAUCAUGUCAAGUUCUUCUGCUUUCAAGUCUUGGAGCACCAGAUCAAAUUCAGGCACGGCUCACGUACUGCAGCUCAACAGCAGCUGAUCCGUGAGACACUGAUGAAAUGGUUGCAGGCUCAGUUGAUGAAUGUGCAUCCAGAAAAGCCCUUCAUCAGGAAUAAGGCGGCGCAGGUUUUGGCCCUGACGUUUGUGAUGGAGUAUCUGACUUUGUGGCCCAAGUUCUUCUUUGACAUCCUCAAUCUGGUGGGACUGAAUCCAAACGGUGUGGACAUUUACCUGCGCACGCUGAUGGCUAUUGAUGCUGAGGUGGUUGAUCGGGACAUCCUGCACAGUCCUGAGGAGACACGCAGAAAUACUCUGAUCAAAGACUCCAUGCGCGAGCAGUGCAUCCCGGCACUGGUUGAGUCAUGGUACCAGAUCCUACAGACGUACCAGCACACCCACAGUGAGCUGACCUGCCAGUGUCUGGAGGUGGUGGGCGCGUACGUGUCCUGGAUCGACCUCAACCUCAUCGCCAAUGACAGGUUUGUGAAUCUGUUGCUCAGCCACAUGUCCAUGGAGGAGUUGCGUGAGGAGGCGUGCGAUUGUCUGUUUGAGAUCGUCAAUAAGGGCAUGGAUCCUGUUGACAAAACCAAACUGGUGGAGUCUCUGUGUCAGGUGCUGCAGUCCGCAGGGUUCUUCAAUAUCGAGCAGGAGGAGGAUGUGGAUUUUCUGGCCAAGUUCUCUCGAUUGGUUAACGGGAUGGGUCAGUCUCUGGUGCUGAGCUGGACUAAACUCAGUAAGAUGGGAGAUGUGAAGGUUUCAGCGGAUACGUUGCGUGCUGUAGAGGCAAAGGUUCCCCUGAUGCUACAGCUGCUAAUUCAUGAAGACGACGAUAUUUCAGCCAACAUCGUGGGCUUUUGCUAUGACUACCUGCAUGUUCUGAAACAGCUUCCAGCUCUCAAUGAGCAGCAGAAAAGCAAUGUAGAGGCGAUCAUGCUGGCUGUGAUGAACAAGCUAAAGUACGAUGACGAGUAUAAUUUUGAGAAUGAGGGCGAGGAUGAGGCCAUGUUUGUUGAAUACAGAAAACAGUUAAAGAUGUUGCUUGACCGACUGGCUCAAGUCUCUCCUGAGCUUCUGCUGGAAGCUGUGCACAGAGUCUUCAAUGCCACCAUGCAGAACUGGCAGACGGUGCAGUUCAUGGAGGUGGAGGUGGCCAUCAGGCUGCUGUAUAUGUUGGGUGAAGCUCUUCCUGCAUCUCACGGAGCACAUUUCUCUGGAGACACCACGAAAACCAGCACACUGCAGGCCAUGAUGAGAACACUGAUCUCAUGUGGCGUAAGUGAGUAUCAGCACUCCUCUGUGACUCUGGAGUUCUUUGAGACCGUCGUCCGUUAUGAUAAAUUCUUCCUUGUGGAGCCGCAGCACAUUCCCAGUGUCUUGAUGGCGUUUUUAGACCAUCGUGGUCUGAGGCACAGCAGUCCAAAGGUGCGCAGUCGAGUGGCUUACCUGUUCUCACGCUUCAUCAAAACCCUGCAUAAACACAUGAAUGCAUUCAUCGAGGACAUACUCAGCAGAAUACAGGACCUGUUAGAGCUCGCUCCCCCGGAGAAUGGUUUUCCGGCGCUGCUGAGCAGUGAUGAUCAGCUGUUCAUGUUUGAGACUGCCGGCGUGUUGAUCGUGAAUGGAGAGAGUCCAGCCGAGCGUAAGCAGGCUCUGAUGCGCAGCCUCCUGACACCGCUAAUGGAGGCGUUUCGCAUGCUCCUCGCAAAACUGCCACAGGAGGCAGAUGAAGAGAGACAGACGGCGCUGGCCGAUUGUCUGAGUCACGCUGUGGGGUUCGCCAGUCGCACCAGUAAGGCGUUCAGUAACAAGCAGACAGUGAAGCAGUGUGGCUGCUCUGAAGUGUAUCUGGACUGCCUGCAGACCUUCCUGCCAGCGCUCAGCUGUCCCGUCCAGCGAGGGCCGCUGCGCAGUGCAGUGCGCUCCUUCCUCCACCGCAUGAUCAUCUGUCUAGAGGAGGAGGUGCUUCCCUUCAUUCCAGCGGCAUCGCAGCACAUGCUGAAGGACUGCGAGCCCAAAGACCUGCAAGAGUUCAUCCCGCUCAUCAGUCAGAUCACCGCCAAGUUUAAGAACCAGGUGUCUCCUUUCCUCCAGGAGAUCUUCAUGCCUCUAGUGAUAGCCAUAUUCGAGACGCUGUCGCGUCCAGCAGAGGAGAACGAUCAGACGGCUGCUUUAGAGAAGCAGAUGUUGAGAAGAAGCUACUUCAGUUUCAUUCAGACCAUCGCCAGCAGCGGCAUGAACGAGGUCAUGGCCAGUCAGGAAGCUGAAAAUAUCGAGCGUGUGCUGUUCACCAUCAUCCAGGGAGCUGUGGAUUUCCCAGACCCCAUCGCCCAGAAAACCUGCUUCAUUAUCCUGUCCAGAUUGGUGGAACUCUGGGGUGGAAAAGAUGGUUUGGUGGGAUUUCCAGAUUUUAUUUAUAAGCAUAUCGUCCCAGCAUGCUUCAUGGCCCCUCUUAAACCAACCUUUGACCUUUCAGAUGCCCAGACUGUUCUGACGCUGUCUGAGUGUACGCUGACUCUGCACAUGAUUCAUCUCAAAAGAGGCCCGGAGUGUAUUCAGUUUCUUCAGGAGUACCUGCCAUCACUGCAAGUCUCACCUGAAAUCACACAGGAGCUGUGUCAAGUCCUUCAGCAGCCGGAUGUUAAGGUUCUGAAAAACUACAUGAAGGUUUUCUUCCAGCAGGCCAAACUUUAAAACUGGAACUGUCAAGCGGAGCGUUUCAGGAGCUCAGCAGUCAACGCCACUUACAGACCACCAUAACGACAGAGCUUAGCAUAGGAGCUACUUUUGCACUUAAAGAAGCGUCACCACAUCCAUCCUGUCUGUGGGACACGGACCCCCAACAGGAGUCAUGUGGGGAUUUGCCGUCACAUGACGUGACCACGCCUCCACACCGACCUUGGCCUAAUCAGAGUUGUGCUCUCCACGGAGGUUUAGCCACCUGGACUGGAGGCGACGUCUGCGAUUGGCGAGACGCCAUACUGUAGGUGGGGUUUGUGAGGGUGGGUGGGGCUUUAGUCCUGGACAGAAUUUCAAGGGAAAAACGCGUUUCCAUUUGAAAAACAACAGUUUUGGUAAUUGUUUGGAAAUAUGACUUAAAUGUUACAGAAAAAUCUAGAAUGAAUUUAAAGAAAUGUUUAUUUUUUGUGUGUGAGAAAUCUGGAUUUUUCUCAAUUUCAGCUUAAGAAGGGCCGAUUUAAGAAUAUUUAAUUGCUAAUUUUUCUUUUUUUCUUUUUUUUUAACUUGCAUAAAUGAAGCAUAGGUUUUAGUUUGACGUGAUGAGGUUAACAAACGGAAGUGCUCUUGAUGUGGGCUUAGCCUGGCAAAUUGUUUGCUUUUUGGAUCUAAAAUGUUUUUUUUUUUUUACUUUGUUUAUAAACUGCUAAAUCAUCAGUGAUCCCCUCUAGUUUUCCAUGAUACGGCAUUCCCAUCAAAGCUGUACUGUAACACGUAUCGUUUCCGAACACUAAACGUUUAUCUGCUCCAUCACAGUCUCAGAUUUGCUGUCGUUUAAUGCCUUUAAUGCCCAUUUGAAAUAUGCAAUGUAAUGUUAUGAACUGUGAAAAAAUACUACGAGGUGGUUUGAUCCUUGGAUCUGCAGUGGGAAUGUUUGGUUAAGUUACGCUGCUAGCAAUUUUUAUUUGGACAUGUACUUGUGUAAAGUUUAAACUCAUCAGAGAGACAAUUGGUUCAGAUCUCUCUGCUUCUGCUUCAGUCUCAUUUGUAAAAAUGACCUGUUACGACUGAAAAAAUGACAUUGUUGACAAUCUGUGUUGGAUUUUUAGAGAUGCUGCACAUGCAUUAACCCUUUCAGCCCUGGAUCCCACUUCAGACAGACGCACCAGUCAAAGGUUUGGACCUAAAUGUUCUCGGGUCUUGACAUCACAUUGGCUUUAAUGGUUAAGAAUCAUGAUAGGGAAAAAUGUUAACCCAAAAUAAACUGGAUGAAGCACUUUGUCAUAAGCUGAAAUGUAACUUCUAACAUGAGUGACUGUUAAAGAUUGUUUUUUUUUGUCAUUACCCAUGAGCCCUUGCUGUGACCCGUUACUCAGAAAUGCUCCAGUCCUGCUCGUCAGACCCACUGUGUUUAUGCCAAAAAAGAGGAGAGAAAGACACAAAAGGUAGACUGUGUAAACUUGAUUUAUUUUUGAUAUGCUGGGACAGGCCCUCUCACUCCUUUUGUGGAUCUUUUGUCAUGACCAAUAAAGUAUUUACUAAUCUC